GGCUGUACAGUCACCUUGAGCGGGUCGCACGCAGGCUGUAAGAGGAAGUACUGUGUAGGCGGUACUGUCUCAACACCGGGAUACUCACUGCCUCAUUAGGGUUGUGUCAAAUUAGGGGAGAACAAACAACCCAAACAAAGCAAAACAGGAGAAGAAAUACUCUCAGGGAAUCGCUGCUCAGACAGAAUGGCACAGACAGGUACCUUGCCAAAGCCCCAGCUCCGAGGUCUACUGGCAAGUCGACUCAAGAUCAACGCAACGGCGGCAUUUGCCUUCUGCAUCUCCAUGGCAGUGGGCUGGAAGUUCCUCUUUGCUGAGAAGAGAAAGCAGAAAUAUUUAGAUUUUUACAAGUCCUACGAUGCCAAAGCUGACUUUGAGCGGAUGAAGAAAGCUGGAGUAUUCCAGUCUGUGAGACCUGAUGGAGAAAUAGGCACGCUGGACUAGAAGAACAACGCAGAUUCUAGAGUGCAUGGAAUUAGAAAGAAAAUUGCCACUGGAGAUUGACAACAAAAAUCCCUAACAUAUCGUUCUGAUUUUUUUUUCGAUUUUUGUUUUAAUCGGAUCAUUUCAAUCAAUGAAACGUUAUUUUUAUUUGUUUUCGUAUGUUAUUUCUGGUGGAAUAAAGAACUGAGUGUGUACAUGA